AUGAAGAGCGGAAAGAAAGCAGCCACUCCUUUCUGGCAGAUCUUGUUGGUGGCCCUGAUUGUCAGUGAAGGAACAACCAUGGCCCAACAAGCCCCUGCCAUCAGCAUUCCUCAAUUCACAGAGGAUACCAGCUUGAGAGCUCGACAAAAUGUGUGUGACCGCUACCAGCGGUAUGAUGAAGGAGAAGUCGAGUUACGACAAGCCUUGGAUGGGCUACAGUUGCAUCCCGUGGCGACCGCUGGAGGGAGUUCUUUCAAGUUGGAUGAUGCCGGAAAAAUCGACAAUGUCAAUCCCGGCUACUAUGUUGUUAUUCUGGAUGAAUUGGCCAAGCGUGCAGGAUUUACAUGGAGAGACAGUUUUGGAAUGACCAACCGUCUUCCUCCAGAUACCAACCGCACCUAUACCGAACUCCUGGAUUGGGGAACAGAUUACUAUGAUUUUAUGGUGGGAGCUUACGACAAGACAUUAACCCGACUUCAAAUGGGUAUCUCCUUUCAAGAAGGAAUCUAUGACAGUUCCUAUAUUCUGAUUGGAGCUGCAGAGCCAACCAGUGACUCCUCCAUCAAUUUGUGGCAGUGGCUGGAGCCAUUCCAGACAGAAGUAUGGAUCUGCAUUGUGGUCACAAUUUUGGCAUCAGGUGUCUUGUACCAGAUUCUAGAUGUUCCAACACCCAAGCAAACCAAACGAAAUCACAAACGAAAACCUACAUUUAAUGAGGUCCGGAAACAGCAACGGAACAAUCAAUCUAACCAAGACAAUGAUCGUAGAGGGAGGAGAAGCUCAUUUAGCACAGUUGCUGAUGCCGCGGAUGCCGUGUACGAAGGAGCUCAUACUAUUGGGGAUGGGAUAUUUCUCUCCAGCCUUCUCUUCACACAACACUUUCAAUUUGUACCCCGCACAGCCCCUGCCCGUUUAUUUAGUGCAUCCAUGGGGUUGUGGGCGCUCCUCAUAUCAUCCAACUAUACUGCCAACCUUGCAAGCUUUUUUGUAAUUGAGAACACUCCAACCAUUGCCAUCCAGUCAGUUGAGGAUGCUAUCCAAAGUGGCAUGCCCAUCUGUAUUUGGGGGAACACUGCCAGUGCCGAGUUCAUGACAGCCCAGUAUCCACAAGGAAUAUUUGUGGAGGUAGCUGAUGACAAUAAAGAAAUGUUCAGUGCCAUUCGGAAUGGCGCUUGUGCUGUUGGAGUGACAUCUCGAGCAACUUUUGAUUUGUACCAAGAUCAAACCAGUGCCAAUCCAGAUUGUGAUAUGAUCUGGGUUGGCCGAGUGAUUAAGCAUGUCCCUGCCGGAUUUGGUGUGAAGGCGGACUCGGGCAAACUGUGUUCCAGUCUCAUCAAUGAUGUGCUGAAUUUGCACCUUGUGGAAAUGGAGAUUGAUGGAUUCCUAGAUGGCGCCUGGAAGGAUCACAUGGCCAAGAGUCAUGACCAAAACUGUGCUGCCAUGAUGUCUUCUCAGACAGAAGAGGCUAGUGCAAGUCGAUCCUUGAAGGAAAUGGCUGGGACGUUUUUGAUUCAUCUGGUAUUUGCUGUUGCUGCCAUUCUACUAAUGAUUAUUACCCGUCUCUAUGACAAGUACAAACGAAUGUCAGACAAAUCCCGGCAAGACCUUCGACUCAGUGUGAUGGGCAGUAUGGCAGGCAGAGGAGGAGUAAGACGACAAGAGGUGGUGCGAGGGAACCAGGUUCCACAGCCACCAGAAAGCAAUCUGUUUGACAUGGACUAUGAGGAGGAUCAAAGUACCAGUAUACCCCAUCCUCGUUUCUUUGCUGUACCACAGGAAGCCGCCACAGGCAUUGAUCAGACAGCCCACUUGGAAGAUCGACUGGCAGGAAUGGAAGCACGUCUCAAGAGUAUGGAAAACGCCAAUCGUCAAAAUCAACUCGCUAUGGAACGCAAACUGGACACACUUGUUGAGCUGCUUCAGAAGCAGCACCGGGGCAUGCCAUCAACUUGGGAUUUGUGA